CUAGCAAGUCGCCUCAAAAUGGAAUACCGUCAGUCUGGACUGCGCGUUCAGUAAAGUCUGACGCUUUGUCGUUAGACCUCGUCGACGUCUGAACAUGUGACGCCGGAUCCGCGAUAAAAUUAACUGAAAACGACUUCAGAAAAUCGAUAAUUACCCGAACUUUUGAAAUACUUCUGUCCACGAUCUAUAAAAAAAAUCAUUUUGCCAAUAAUAUCCCGAUGAAACAAUUUAUUCGAAAAUAUUAAGACCGACCGAUAUGAGUACUCGACGAGUGUAUUUGUUGCACCAGAUAAAAAACGAUUUCCUUUCGUGGUGCAGUUUCAGAAAUCGUUAACCGAGACAUCGUUGGUAAACUCUGCAAUUGUCGCAGCUUGGUUUUUAGUUCCAGAGUAAAUAUCGAGAAGGCAAAAUGUCUUACGAAAAUGGCAGGACGAGGAGCAUCGACCUGGAAAACAUGGAGUUGAAUCCGAUUCGGCGGACGCGUUUUCACGUCAACCGUGUGGACAGUUUGGAGGGUCGAGCCAGCCUCCUCGGGGAACAGGAGACGAAGAAAUCCUUGAGAAAUUUGACGCGAGAGGCACUACCACGGUUGGAUAAUUACAGAAAUAUUCUGAGCAUACAAGCGGUGCAUAGGCCCACCCUGGAAGAAUUACACAAUUCUUCUCUCGUCAAUAAGGGGCACGUAACCAACACGCUGCCACUGUCUACCGAGAAGCCAUCGGACGCUGGUAUUAAAUUCGGAUGGAUCCAAGGCGUCCUUAUAAGAUGUCUUCUCAACAUCUGGGGGGUGAUGCUCUUUCUGCGCCUGUCUUGGGUAGUGGCCCAGGCGGGAAUCGGAGAGGCGCUCCUCCUCAUAAUUACGACGACGAUCGUCACCACGAUUACUUCUCUUUCGAUGUCUGCCAUCAGCACGAAUGGUCUCAUCAAAGGAGGUGGAACGUACUACAUGAUCUCGAGGUCCUUGGGCCCCGAAUUCGGUGGCUCUAUCGGCUUGAUAUUUUCACUGGCAAACGCCAUCGCCUGCGCCAUGUACGUUGUGGGCUUCUGCGAAAGUCUCGUUGAUUGUCUCAAGUCCUACAACGUCUGCAUCGUUGACUGCGACAGCACGGACAUUAGGAUAAUCGGAUGUGUAACGAUAGUUUUACUGCUGAUGAUCGUGGUUAUCGGAAUGGAGUGGGAGGCGAAAGCCCAACUGGGUUUGUUGGUAAUCCUCUUGGUAGCCAUAGCAGAUUUUGUAAUCGGGACAUUCGUGGGGCCUAAAGACGAAGUAGAAAAGGCCAAAGGUUUCAUCGGCUAUAACGCCGAAUUAAUGAGGGAAAAUUUUUACCCCGACUACAGAUACAGCGAGGGUGUUGAUCACAGUUUUUUCUCAGUACUAGCGAUUUUCUUUCCCGCUGCAACCGGCAUACUAGCCGGUGCUAAUAUCUCCGGGGAUUUGAAGGAUCCUCAAUCCGCCAUUCCGAAAGGGACUCUUUUGUCAAUUCUUUUGACGACGGUUUCUUAUCUCUUAAUGGUGGUCAUGGUGGGAGCUAGCGUGCUAAGGGACGCGUCGGGGAAUGUGACUGAUCUGAUCUCUUUCGUAACAGAAUCCCCAAUCCUGAAUUCAACGGUGACCGAAACUGUGAUCGCUAUUCAUACCGCGAGUGUUUUCGAGAACGAGACUUCGACCGCAAUUCUUGAAAAUGUGACCAUGACUCCCGUGGAAAAUCUAACGGAUACGAGAACGUUUUCCAUCUAUGGGACAAACUUCAAUUGUUCGAAAGGAUGUGCGUAUGGUGCGCACAACAGUUUUCAGGUAAUCGAACUGGUUUCCUACUUUGGACCACUGAUAUACGCGGGCUGCUUUGCAGCAACCUUGUCGAGCGCAUUAGCGUCCUUGGUAUCAGCGCCCAAGGUCUUCCAGGCUUUGUGUCUCGAUGAAUUGUACCCAGGAAUCGCUUGGUUCAGCGGACAACCAGGAAAAGAACCGGUCAGAGGAUACAUUCUCACUUUCGUCAUCGCUGUUGGGUUCAUUCUAAUCGGUGAACUCAACGCGAUCGCACCCUUGAUAUCGAAUUUCUUUCUCGCUGCUUACACAUUGGUCAACUUUAGCACCUUCCACGCCUCACUGGCAAAGCCGAUUGGUUGGCGACCAACUUUCAAGUAUUACAAUAUGUGGCUUAGUCUGGCAGGGUCGAUUCUUUGCGUCGCUGUGAUGUUUCUAAUCUCAUGGUGGACAGCACUGAUCACUCUUUCCGUAGUCCUCGCCCUGUAUCUCGUCGUUUCGUACAGAAAACCAGACGUAAACUGGGGCUCUACCACGCAAGCUCAGACGUACAAUAGUGCUCUAACGGCGGUGCAACAACUCGACCGGGUCGAGGAACACGUAAAAAAUUACAGGCCUCAAGUUUUGGUGCUCAGUGGCCCUCCGAGCGCUCGUUCGGUCCUAGUGGAUUUCGCUCAUCUCGUGACGAAGAAUCACUCUUUACUGAUAUGCGGGCAUAUAGUCGAGUCGGUCCUUCCCCACAGAACGCGCGCAUCUCUGAUAAGUAAAUCGACUUCGUGGCUGAGAGCGAAUAAAGUCAAAGGAUUUUACUCCAUGAUAGACGCAGCGACCUUUCAGGAAGGGGCAACUGCGAUGCUGCAAAUUUCAGGCCUCGGUAAACUCAAGCCAAACAUUUUGCUGAUGGGUUACAAGCAGGAUUGGGCUACCUGCUCACGCCACGAGCUGACCAUGUAUUUCAACGUGAUGCACAAGGCGUUGGACAUUCACGUGGCGGUCGCUUUGCUACGCGUUAACGAUGGGCUGGAUUACAGCUCGGUCAUGUGCGACGCUGAACAGCAGUCGACGUCACCGAGAAAAAUAUCAUCGACCAGCAUGUCGCAAGAUCGAAGUUUUUCGCAGUUGAGCCAAGAAUUUAUCAGAUUUGUAAAAAUAGGCGCUCAGGUCGUUAGACCAAGCGCGAGUAGUUCGUCGGAUAUUUCUAUGCCCGGAAGUCCAGCGCCUCGAAGAUCUCACGUUGUAAGUGAAUAUCCAAAUCCUACAACGGAAGAGCGUAAGGAACUGCGUCCACACACGGAGGGUAUCUCGAAAGAAAUCCUGACCAGCGUUACGAGGUUCCAAAGAAAGCAGAAAAAAGGUUCCAUCGAUGUUUGGUGGCUCUACGACGACGGAGGUCUUACUUUACUCAUGCCCUACAUCAUCAGCACCAGAAGUAAUUGGUCCAGUUGCAAGCUCAGGGUUUUCGCACUCGCGAACAAACAUUCGGAACUCGAAUAUGAGCAGAGGAGUAUGGCGAGUCUACUUUCCAAAUUUCGAAUCGAUUAUUCCGCGUUGACGGUGAUUCCGGACAUAACUAAGCCCGCGCAGUCAUCGACAACGAAUUUCUUCAAUUUGUUGAUUGCGGAUUUUCAGCAGCCGGAAAAUCCGCAGGACCCCAACAGCGUUCCUCUGAAAGAUUCGGAGCUUCUAGCGAUGCAGGAGAAGACGAAUAGACACCUGCGUCUUCGUGAAAUACUUCUGGAAAAUUCGAUGGAGGCCAACCUGAUAGUAAUGACGCUACCGAUGCCGAGGAAGGGCGCCGUUUCCGCACCACUGUACAUGGCCUGGUUAGAAACGUUGACGAAAGAUAUGCCACCUUUUUUAUUAGUGCGAGGAAACCACACAUCAGUUCUUACUUUCUACUCGUAAUAGCGAACGAUGGCGAUGGAUGGGCAUCCGGAAUUUUCGUUUGAUUCGAUAGGGUAUCUGACAAUGAAGCGGUGCAGCGCGUAUCUGAAUUAACCCGUAUUCUAAAAACCGAAAUAUUAUCACCUGGUAAUCAAUCGUGCAAUGUAUUAUAGUACCGAACACGACGCGCCACAAUGAUAUUCGAAAAAAAUUGUGCGAAUCAAAAGUAUGCAUAUUUUCGCGGUUAGGCGUAUCCUGUCGACCUUUGAGGAUAGCAAAUUGACAAAGUCAGGAAGCCGUAAAACGGUUGUAAUGAGCAGCUCGACAUUGACUUGGAAUUGUCUCUAUACUGCAUUUAUUCGCAUAUUAUCUCAUGGUCACGAGCAAGGCUAUUUCAAAAUUAUUUAUGCUUCAGAUAACUAAUUCACAAUAUAUUCUCCUCGUCUGUUCGACCGUCAUGUCACGGUGACAGUUGCAUUAUCACAUAUCGGUAAACAGCUGGUUCUUCGAAUUUGAAUAAUUUUAUCACCGUCCAAAGCCCACCUAAAUCCCUGAUGAGAGAUAUUGAAAAUUUGAAAAUGUACUUCCAUGUGGACGGUACAUUAUUAUUCCGACCUCCAUUCUGCGUCAUUAAUAAAUCAUGUGUGAGUUUAA